AUGGCAUCGAAGAACAAGGCGAGGGCGGCAGGCGUUAGCGCGAGCUCAUUCACGGAUCUUCAAGCGGAGCUCGCCAGAAAGAAAGAGGCGUUCGCCAAAGCCAAAGCUGCAGGUCAGACUGCUACUGCGUCCUCGCCUAUCUUCGGAGGAGAGAAGAAGGCGACGUCUAAGCCGACGGUAUGGGCGCGACAGAACAAGGGCGUCAAGAACCGUGCCGCGCGGGACCUGGAGAUCGAGGCGGUCAGCAAGCCGACGCUAAAGUCUGCACGAGCCGUCCUCGAGCGCAAGGCAAAGAUAUACGAGAAGCUGCAGAAGGGAAAGACGGGCGGGCUCACGGAGGCGCAGUACAACUCGCUGCUGGUUGACUUCGACUCUAAGGUUCAAGACGUAUACGAAUCUGAUAGCGACGACGUGGACGAAUCGGUUACGGUACCGCGACCACCUCCUGGAGCGGAAGGUGACUCCCUCGUAGAGCACGAAGACGAAUUUGAACGAACGCGGAUGAUACCGCGGUCUGAGCUACCCUCCACUUCUCGAUCUUCAGGCCUCAACGACACGGAAGACCCGCUCGUUGAAUACGAAGACGAGUUCGGCCGCAUGCGGACGGCGCGCCGGUCAGAAGUUCCACGAGAUCUGCUCCCGAAGCCCAAACCCGAAGAAAUACCCGACGACGACUCAGUCCUAUACAACCCGACGCAUCACUUCCCCGUCUACCAGCCCGAUCCCGACCGCGUCGCCGCGAUUGAGAAAGAGCUCGCCGAAGCGAACGCGCCGCUCAAUGUGCACUACGACGCCGCGCGCGAGGUCCGCGCUAAGGGCGCCGGAUUCUACCAGUUCUCGGCCGACGAGGAGACUCGCCGGCGGCAGAUGGAGGAACUCAAGCAGACCCGGCUCGAGACGGAGCGCGCGCGCCGGGAGGCGGGCGCUGUCGAUCUGAAGCCUGGCGAGACUGAGGGUCUGCGAGACGAAGAAGGCGAAGGCGAGGGAUUGAAGCGGAGCCGGGCGAUGGAGAAGCGUAAACGAGAACUUGAGGAACGAAGACGGUUGCUGGAUGCGAAGAGGCGGAAGGUCAAGAGUGGGCCCGCGGUGGGCGACGAGCCGGUCAUGGCGUCUAUGCCUUCGGAAUCAUCUACCCAGCAGCCAGUCGCCCUUGCUCAGGCGCAGAUAGACCCGUUCGCAGCGCUUGAGGCGCAAGUAUCCUCCACACAACCGCGCCCGGUCAGCGCGGCCGAUGACUUCUUGGCGCAGCUUGAACGGGACGUCCUCGGAGGGAAAACUUGAUUAAUACAGCGCGUUUUGCACUGCCUCGACGAUCAACCUUCUAGGGCACUGCAGCGCGUAUCAGGCGCCUCUUCUUGCAUACUCUACGCGAGUUUCGUUGCGCUUCUGUUGUUGCCUCUCGACGGGCUUUGUCCCCGACACGAGGUCUGAUAUGACGCCCCUUGGUAGCUGUCACCAUCUCCAUCGCCGACGCCCCCCUCCCCGUCGUCUGUUGCCCCGGUCUGAUCCGUCUCGCACACCAACACAAUCAGGUCGUCCGCACGUUCGUGCCAACGUAUAAUUGAUGAGCACCCGCUCUCGCAGCUUAUCACCGACGAGAGCAUGCGCUCUUCUUCGUGCCAUAACUCGAGCUCGUCUGGAGGCCCGAGUCCAAGGGGAGCGGGUUCAAGGACGUACUGAACCGUAGCGCAAGGCCAGAGGUGACGAUUCCGCGAGUCGUAGACAGUUUUCCCGACACGACAUGCACAACGACGACUUUUAUACAACGCGGCGCGGGAGUGCUACCAUGCGGGUUUUCCGACAGACAUAGAAUCUUGCGAACUCAAGAGAUCGUCUACUCUCCGCCGCCACGGACUUGAAACCCGCGAGUUCCCUUCGACAUUCACGACCGCUGCAGGCUCGCUCGCCAACCAGAAUCAC